UCUCGAAGCAGCGCUGUCGCUUGUGUGCCACAAAUCCGUUCUCACAUCCUCGGAACAGCGGCGGCCUCAAGCCCCAGAAAGGGGUGUCUAAAACCCUCCCAGUCCGGAGUACUCUCAGUAUGGCGCUGAAGGUCCCGAUUUGCCGGUUGUGCUGGGUAUCACCGGCGCCAACUCCGUCGAGAGACCCCGGUGAGAGGUGGAGUUUCCUAGUCGGCCAACCCCUCAAGACCUCGUUUCCAAGUGCUGUCCCAGGAAAAGAAAUUUUCCAAAGGUCAUGUGUCAUUGUAUCAAGAAAGUUGUCAGGAUUGGAGGAGGCUAUGCGAAUUCGGAGAGCAAGGGAGCUUCAAAGUUCAGUAAAAGUAAGAAAGAGGCCACCAUUAAGGCGUGGAAAGGUCUCUGGAAAGCUUUUAGUGCCAGACCACAUUCCAAGACCUCCAUAUGUGGAUUCAGGCUUGUUGCCAGAAUUAUCUAGCGAGCAUCAAGUACAUAAUGAUGAGGGUAUUGCUUGCAUGAGAGCUGCCUGUGAGCUUGCUGCACAUGUUCUGGACUAUGCAGGAAUAUUGGUUAGACCAUCUGUAACUACAAAUGAAAUUGAUAAAGCAGUGCACAAGAUGAUUAUUGAUGCUGGGGCUUAUCCUUCCCCACUUGGAUAUGGUGGAUUUCCUAAGAGCGUGUGCACAUCAGUCAAUGAAUGCAUGUGCCAUGGAAUACCUGAUUCCCGCCAACUGCAGGAUGGAGACAUAAUAAACAUUGAUGUGACUGUUUAUUUGAAUGGUUACCAUGGGGACACAUCAAAAACAUUUCUGUGUGGAAAUGUGAAUGAACCAACAAAGCGCCUUGUAAAGGUGACUGAAGAAUGCCUUGAGAGGGCUAUAUCUGUCUGCAAGGAUGGUGCUAGUUUUAAGAAGAUCGGCAAGAGAAUAAGUGAGCAUGCUGAAAAAUAUGGCUAUGGUGUUGUGGAGCGUUUUGUUGGUCAUGGUGUCGGGACGGUAUUCCACUCUGAGCCACUCAUUUUGCAUCAUCGUAAUGACAGAUCUGGGUGUAUGGUUGAAGGUGAAACAUUUACAAUUGAGCCCAUUCUAACCAUGGGAAGCAUUGAGAGCAUCACUUGGGAUGAUGAAUGGACUACCGUUACAGCGGAUGGCAGCCGAGCUGCACAGUUUGAGCAUACAAUUUUGAUCACCGGAACUGGUGCUGAGGUUUUGACAAAGUGCUGAGAUCAUCAUAUAUUUACCCAUUCAAUGGCUAAAUGGUAAUCUCUAUCUAACCACUUCUCGUUCUCCCUGAUCAUGCUUUUUGUUCUUAGAGAUGUUAUUUGUGCAAACAUAAUGGGAACUUGAUAGAUUUAAAUAUUUGUUCCCUAAGCCAAAUUAGUGUUUCAUGGUAGAACCCUAUUUUCUUUUUUUGGAACUUCCAGGAUAUCAAUGCUGGCCACAUAUGUGGUUCGGCAUAUUGGUCUGAGACCCAUCUAAAGUGAGGUAGGAAAUUUUAUGGCUCAUCUCAUUUAUAGUUGGCUCUCUUUGACCUAAAUGUCAUAAGAUAUAAUAAUGAGUAUAUCUGUAUUAAGGUGGCCCUCAGGCCACGGGCCUUCGGGUUUAUAAAAAAGAGUUGUUUUAAGAGGGGAAUUGGGGGACACGUCCCCCAAGCAAACACUCCCUUCGGUCAUUCUUAAAGUCAUUCCCUCCGGUCGAGUUGCUUGCCCGGAGCUAACAUAACUCCCUGUUAGUGAGUGAGCUACGGGGUACACCCCGUAGCUCACUUCACUUCGGUCGUUAAGUUGCUCCUUUAUUGACUUUUUCUCAAAUUUCACUAGCUCCCUAGGGAGCUAGUGAAAUUCUCUGCUUAUAGUAAGAAAAGAAAAUAAAGAAAAGAAA